CCGGCCCCGUUGCGCCCCGUUGCGCCCCCCCCCUCUUCUUCUCGGCCUCCGACUCCUCUCCUCUCGCCAAAAUGGGCGCCCCUGAUACGCUCCGGUCCUUCCUGCCGGAUGACCCGGCUGAGUUGACCGAGGUCGUGGUCCCGAAUCUCCGGCGGGCGGAUGUCGAUGCCUGCGCCACUGGCGCCUGGUCUGUGGGGCUGGCCUCCCUGCAGGUCCCCUCCCUGGUGGUCCCCCUGUCGCGGGUCUUCAUCAGGGGCUUCCUCGAGUCGCACUCGCUGUAUGUGCCAUCGGCCGGGGAGAUGGCCGAGUGGCCGGCCCCGGCUCCGGCCUUUUCCGCGGCCGAUCUGGACAACACCGAUGCCCUGUGGGAGGCGGACCAGGCUGGUCGGUCGACCGAGGAGCUGCAACUCCUGGUCCGGUCUCACGUUCGCGCGGUCUUCCUGGCCGUGCAGGAGGCCAUCGCCUCGCUUGGCGGUGCUGUCCUGCCAAAGCUCAAUUGGAGUUCUCCAAAGGACUCCACCUGGAUGCUCCCCAACCAAACACUCAAGUGCAUGACUGCCGAGGAUGUCUUCCUGCUGCUGGGAGCCUCGGAUUAUGUCAGCCACGACAUCCUUCAUCCCUACGAUGCCUGUGACGAUUUCGAGGGCGGGCCCGUUCGGCCUCUUCGCCUGUCGUUGACCCUGCGAGCCUGGCGGGUGUUCCACGUGGCGCGUGAGUUCCGGUGUUUCGUGAAGAACCGCCGCCUCAUUGGGAUCUCCCAGCGUGACUAUGCCACGCACUAUGACUUCCUGGGCGCCGAGCGCAUUUCCAUUGUCGAGGCAAUUGUCCGCUUCUUCUAUAGCAAACUCUGUCUCGCGCCGGCCAUCACGAUCGAUGACUUCGUCUUCGAUGUUUUCAUCCCGGAGUCCUUCAAGCGAUGCAUUCUUGUCGACAUCGCGCCCUACGCCACGGUUACCGAGCCUCUCCUCUUCAACUGGACUGAGUUGACACAGGCGGUUGUUCCCCCGAAGGAGGAUCUCGAGCCCUUCAUCCACCCCCCCCUCACUCGGGAUGACGACAUUCCGCCCGAGCUCCUUGAGCCGGUUAUCCUCCGACUCUCUGGCACGGCGGUCGGAGUCCAGCCCGCGCGGGAUACCUUCCUGUCGCGCGUGCCGAAGGACUUCAUCGAUGCCUCCAUGGGCAGCAUCGACAUCAACGCCCUCGCCGAUGCCUACCGCCAGCAGCUGCUGGAGUCUGAUUCCUCCACCGACGAGGAGAGCGACCCGGAGGACGGGGACCAGUGAUCUGGCCCAAACAGACUGGCGAGUAUCGUUGGCAUCUGGGGGGCCCGGCGAUCGCGCCGCAAGCACAAGCGCCGAACGGCACCACCCCCUCGGUUCAACGGGACAGAGCACCCCUGGCUGGGUGCCGGCAGGGAUGCGGUUCGGAGCUCCUGUUUUCGGGGAAGACCCGGCGGGUGGCCCCAAGAUCCCCCCCCUCCCCCCUCGACACACCCCUCAAUCCUGCAGGCCGCCAUAUCUCCACGGCCUGCCGAAUAGAUUUAUAGACAUUUUUCCAUA